UUAAAAUUGAAAUUUAUUAGCUGCAAGCAAUCAUCUAUCCAUCCAUUCAUUUAUUCAGUUAUUUUUAUUAUUAUUUAUUCGGUUGAAUCUCAGGGAAAAAGGACCAAAUCAAUUAAAUUUAAAGGGCGAGAUGAACGAAGAACCAAAGCGGUUUUCGCUCUCUGACUACCAGAGCAAGCGCGGGGCAGCCAAGCCCGCCUCAGCAGCGGUCUCGACCAACGAGCAAAAGAGCGAGCUUGAGGAGCUGCACAUGCUUUUAGGCACUAGCUCAGUCGACACUGGCGGCAUUUACGCGGCGUCCGACGUCAACAUGGAGGAUCCCGGGAUCCUACGCACCCCCGGCGCAUCGCCCGAGCCACCCGCCAACCACGAGGAUGGCGAGGAUGUGGAUUCGCGCGAUGGGCGGCGUGGAGACAAGCGCGAGUCGCGGUCCUCAAAAAGUAGCAGGCAGCGGCGCAGCAGCCGUAGCCGCCACACUAGCCACCGUAGUCGCAGCCGCAGCCGCUCGCGCUCGCGGUCUCGGUCGCUUAUGCGUAAGGCUGACCGGAAGAGUGAUAGGCGCAAUGACAGGAGAAGCGACAGGCGAUCGCGCGGUAGUGAUAAUGAGAGCAGGUCACGGAGCCGCAGCGGGCGUAAUGCGCGCAGCAGCCGGCAUAAGCGUCGCGACAGGUCGCGUUCGCGGUCGGUAUCCAAGGAGCGCGAGAAGGAGAAGGAGAAGGAGAAAGAUAAGAAUUCUGGCGCUGACGCUGAUGCUGACUCUGACGACGAUAAGGUCAGUAUGCGCUGCGUGUUCCCGUAUGAGGACGGAGGCAUUAUUAUUGGGCUCCGUGGUGCGCAUCUGACGAAGUUGCGCAAGGCGGUGCCGCUGGUCGACCUGCGCAUCUCGAACGAGACGAACGACCGCCAGGACCGCAUUCUGGUCGUCCGUGGCUCUGUGAAAAACGUUGCUGAGGUAAGCUGAUGGGAUGCUGCUUGCUUUGUGUUCCUUGGUUUCGUCUGUCAUGUGUUUGUUUGUGUGGCUUUUUUUGUUCCUUUUUAUUUAGGUGGCCUUACCUCGGAUUGGUUGGGAAGCUCUGUG